AUGGGCUCUCUGGUACUUAUUCCUCUCCUGUUUGCUGCCGUUUCGGCCGGCUAUAUCAAUUCCUACGCACCCGCCUACAGUGCUCCCGCCGUCUACCACGCCCCCGCAGUCUACCACGCCCCUGCAGUCUACCACGCGCCUGCAGUCUACCAUGCCCCUGCCGUCUCCUACGCUUCGCCAAUCAUCAAGCAUGCACCUCAUAUUAGCUACGCUACUCCCGUAGUCAAAGCUGCCCCCGUCGUAAGCUACGCUGCACCCGUGGUCAAAACAGCUCAUCUCGUCAGCUACGCUGCGCCUGUAGUCAAGGCCGCACCUGUAGUAAGCUACGCUGCCCCGGCUGCCACCUCGUAUUCCAACUCUUACAGGAUUUCCUCGCAUGUCAAGGCUGUGGCACCUGUUAGUUACGCUCCUGCAGUCCAGUACGCCCCAGCAUAUGCUUCCUCUGCAGUCAGCUACCACGCCCCAUCAGUGUCUGUCGCUGCUCCCAUAGUAAAGUCUGCUCCAGUAGUAAGCUACGCUGCACCCGUGGUGAAAUCAGCUCAUGUAGUCAGUUAUACCGCGCCUGUAGUCAGUGCUGCACCUGUAGUCAGUUACGCUGCUCCAAUCUACAAGUCUGGAUAUCAUUCAUACAUACACUAGAUAACUUCUCUUGGUGUGUUAAACAAUGUUACAUCAUCUGCUUUUGGUGGCAACGUACAAAUUAAAUUAUUACAUUACCUCAA